GCGGCUCGUCAACAGAGAAAGCAGCAGCAGCAGCAGCAGCGCUCUGUUAUAUCUCUGUUUACACGCACAGAGUGUUUCUUCUCUAUUACGUCGGCGUACCAUGACCGAACAAUCAGCAUUGCUUCUUCGAAAACAAUUGGCAGAGCUCAACAAGAACCCUGUGGAGGGCUUUUCAGCUGGUCUGAUAGAUGAUGAUGACAUAUACAAGUGGGAAGUUGUGAUCAUUGGUCCACAAGAUACCCUUUUUGAAGGAGGGUUUUUCAAAGCAUACUUAACCUUUCCUUAUGAUUAUCCACUACGGCCACCAAAGAUGAAGUUCAUCACGGAGAUUUGGCAUCCGAAUGUUGCAAAGAACGGGGAUGUUUGCAUCUCAAUUCUGCACGAGCCAGGAGAAGAUAAGUUUGGUUAUGAAAAGCCAGAGGAGCGUUGGCUUCCAAUCCACACGGUAGAAACAAUCAUGAUUAGUGUUAUCUCCAUGCUGGCAGACCCCAACAGUGACUCACCAGCUAAUGUUGAUGCAGCAAAGGAGUGGAGGGAGGACCCUAAUGGGGAAUUCAAGCGGAAGGUGGCUCGCUGUGUAAGAAAAAGUCAAGAGAUGGCCUUCGAUUAGGACUCAUCUGUAAAUUCCAGGUUAAAGGAAAUGCCUUCCGAGGGAAAUCUUCAGCAAAAGGCUUUUGCACCCCUUGUUUUGCCAGUCAAAGGAAUUGGUUGGCCUCAACAACGUUUUCUGUGAAUGGUCUGCCAGAUGAGCCAAUUUGAGACCCCUACCAGCGAAAUUACCUUGUUUCCUACCUGGAAUUGUAUAUUUAAUUUUAUUUAUUUUGAAAAAUUAAUGAUGUAAGAUAUGUCACUACUGUAAAUUAACUUGCUUUUUUAUCUGCUGCUGAACACUUUCUACUUUAUACCAGGUUUCUUAUGCAAUUUAGUGGUCAAGAUUGUGUAAAACAAAACAAAAGCCUGUUGUCAUUAGGUCGUCACGUCUCCUCCCUGCUGCAUACUAACCAGAUUAUUGUCUGCUCAACAAAUCUGUGGAUAGAUGUUAUUUUGAACGCUUGUCAUUGAAUCACUGUUGCCUUUUGUUGGCUUCACUUCCUCAGCGUUUGCUCAUCGUUCAAAGAAGCUCAAGGGCGACUUACUUCUCAUCUUUUUAAUCUUUCUGAUAAACAGCCUCCAGAUUGAAUUUUCUUCAAACGCCAGUGUACAUCUAAAAUGUUUAAAACCCUGACUUUCAAGUGUACAUCUCCCCCUCAAACCGUUUUUUAAUGCAUUGUCCUUUGCUGGGACUUCAAAUGGAGCAACUUAAUCGGCGAUUUGAGAGUUAUUGUUUAGUAAUAUAUUGAUUCGCACAGCAUAGUUAAUAGUGGGUGAAGGUUUGUGCCAAGUUCUCGGGAUCAAACUUUAAGGUCUUGAUUAGCAAUCUUCAAGGUAAAUCUCUAAUAUAACUGAACACAUGGCUCUAUUUGGUGAUGAGGAAGUCUGUUAUUGUCUAUUAUAAAUCACAGUCAAGCAAAUAGUCUGAAAAGCGUGCAGGCAGUGGGUAUUUUUCUGGUGGACGUAUAAACUGGCACCUGACCUUUCCUAAAUUUAAAGGGAUAGAAAAUUUAACCAAGUUUAUGAUUGAGUUAUUAAUUUCUGGGGAAGCUUUGGGGGAUCUGUUGUAGAGUUAGCUUAGUUGUACUUACUUUGUUGUGGCACAUUUGGCUUUUGAUUAGCGUGUGGGGUUAAAAUAACAUUCACUUGGUGGUUUAGACUCUCGAAGGUAGUUUGUUAAUGCUCUUCUGUCAACACCUUGAGUUCUGAUUGGUGCAUACUUAGAUAAUAUUUAUCCCCUUUGUUUAAACACAGAGUCUGGGUUGGGAUCCUUGAUGGAGACUUUAUUUUAGAGUAGAAAGAGACUGGAAGUCAUUGGCUUGUCUUUACUUUUUCUUUUGGUGUUGACGAAUUAAGCCAUGAUGACAUCUACUUUAGACUUGCGCUACACAUGAUUAAUCUGUGACUGACACUAAAAAUCUAGCUAACCCCGUUUUGGCGCAUACAAUCAGGUUUGAAGGAUCGAGGUAUGUUUAAAGAGGAUACCAUAGUUAGUACAUUCUGGGUGAAUGUGAUGUGUACAGUUAGUACAUUUGUGCAGACUUGACGAUCACAUAACUGCUGUCGACAUUACCUUUUUAAGUCAGAAUUUUCUAACCUACCAUGACCUCCUCUGACCGGUGUUCACUGUAUUUGCACAGAUUCGGUGCGUUUGAAAUGUCAUUAAGCAAUACGCUCUGAAAACGGUGUGUCCAGGUAAUCCAUCCCAACGCCAUUAUUUGUUUGUUGUAGGUUGUUCUUUUUCCAUUUUUUCUUUGUUCUUUUUUUUUUUUCCUUGUUGCAUUUUUGUGUCAAUGCAAUGUAUAUCGGACAUGAUGCUCAAUAAAGUGUGUAAACAGA